UCAGUAGUGAUCAGCUGAUAAUCAUACUGUUAACACCCAGACCUCUGUGUGACUUUCGUUCAGCUGCUGCCUGCUGGAUAAAUGGCCGUAUUCCUGUUAAAUGAAUGUAAAUUCAACAACUGCGGUUUGUGCUUCAAAAACUUAUACGAUCUCAUACAACACAUAGAAGACAAUCAUAUAGAUAUUGAACUCAAGCCGAUUGAGCUGAUUGAUCAAACUGAACAACAAUGUCUUCCAUUAAGCUGUGUAAUGCGGUUUUUCGGGGAGAAUGCCGACAAAGCAGACAUCGAACCAGCCAAACCAGUUUUACAACCCAAAACCAGUAUUUUACCAUCUGUUCCAAACAUAUUUCAUCGUCCUAUGAAGACUGGUUAUGAGUCUGAUAAAGGAGAAUCAGAGGUAGUAGAGCGAAUUGAUCAAGUUGCUGACAGUAGUGAUUCAUGGUCUACCACAUCUGAUGUCAUAGAUGAAGCUCAUAAAAAUGGUCCUAAUAUUCAACAAAAAAACAAAGCUGAACAACCAAUUAGGCCAUUUGCGUGUCCAGUUCCUGGUUGUACAAAAAGAUAUAAAAAUGUAAAUGGAAUAAAAUAUCAUGUAAAAAAUGGUCAUACAAAUGGAAAAAUCCAUAAAAAGUAUAAGUGUCACUGUGGUAAAAGUUAUGUGUCUAUCCAAGGAUUGAAAUCACAUGCUAAUGGCAUGCAUGCUGGUACAAAAAUGACUUGGUUGACAACACAUAAUGGUGAAACCAUCCAAGUACCAGCAACUCCACUUUCACCUGAUACAGUACCUAUACGUGCAGUAACACUUAAACAUGUGCCUAGGACAACAACUGAUACCAAUAUACCCCCAAAAACAUUAGUCAUUACUAAACCUCCUCCGUCCACUGUUGAAUUUCCUGUUAUUGAGUCAUAGUAUAAAUUUAUAGGAUAUUAAUUUAAUUUUUAAAAGUUCCAGAGUCAGUCGUUCUAUUAUUUUUGUUGCUUGAUUUUUUUCAUUAUAAAAUACCAGCUAUUAAUUUUAUAUUAAGUAUAAAUUACUCCAAACUUCCUUGGAAUUACUUAAAAUAUAUAUGCAGUUCAGUAGCCAUUAUUUGCUUAACAUAGUGCUAUUGGCUACACUUAGUAUUGUGUAUUUGCUGUGUAAGUGAUGUAUAGUAAAUGUUACCGUAAUAAUUUUGUGUCUGUUAAAAGAAUCAAAGAUUGUUAAAAUAUAAAUAUUUAGAAUUGUUUUUGUUUAAAGAAAACAAAUUUUAUUUUGAGUAAAA